AGUCGUCCCCUCUCCAUCUCUCUGUUUCCUUGAUUCUCCAUGGCCGCGCUUUCAGCACCUCACCGGGCACAAGAGCUCCGAUCUGGAGAUGCAUUUGCAUUUCAUUUGCGUUUCAUCUGCUGUUCAUUUCAGCUUCCUUUCAUCAACAUUCUGCAGCUUAGCUUGCUGCCCUUUGCUGCUACCGUGCUGUUGGUGCAGCUCUCUUUUUUUCUUUUUCAUUUUGCUGCAACUUGUGCAGCUCUCCCUUCUUUUCAUUUGCUGCCAUUUUAUUGCAGCUUUGACACCACAACUCCAACAAACGGCACCAUAGCCAUUGUCAGCCGCAACAUGCGGUUCAAGUUUGGGAGGAUGAUGCAUGUGCAGCAUCUCUGUGCCUUUACCAGCGAUUACUCGACCAAGUUGGGGUCUGGAGCACUUGGGAUUGUUUUUAGAGGGCAGUUUCCCAAUGGAUUCAAGAUUGUAGUGAAGUUGCUCGAGAAGAGUUCUGAGAGAAGAACAACGAAUGAGGAUCUAAUGAAAGCCGUGAGAAUGCAGCAGUGCCAAUCGGACUUGUAAAGAAGUGUUUCCUCCAAAUCAUCGUUGAGUUCCGUGUUAGUUUGGUUCAAGGUAACCCUGGCAUUCUUCCUUCUUCGUCCUUCAAUAAAACCUCAGAAAUUGC